AUGCACGUUAACGAUACAACGUUUGGCACAAAUGAAUGUCCCUUUCCCGUUAUUGAACAGCAAAAGGUCGCAAGCUGGCAAAAAACAGCGGAUUUGUUGUUUUGCCGCGUCGGGGAAGCUUACCCGCAAGCUCGCGAACGCCGCUUUCGCUUGUUUAACGGAAGCCUUGAUGACUUCCUCAACGACCAAGAGGUCAAAUCGAGGUUCCGCUUUCGGAAAGACACAAUUGAGUAUAUAACACAGUUUUUGAGGGAGGAAUUAAGCCGGGAUACGCGACGAAAUCACGCACUUGCCCCAAUAGUCCAAGUUCUUGUCGCACUACGCUUUUACGCUUCGGGGAGUUUUUUGCAAAUCAUAGGCGAUACAUUGUUCUUACCAGAGGAUGAUGAACUUGUUUCAACUUUAUUUUUUGCAGGUCUCUUUACCAACAUUGUUGCCCGUUGGCCUGGUAGCACUCAUGAUGCUUUCAUAUUUCGGAAUUCAUCUAUUCAAAAUACGCUGGAAAGGGAGCACACAAGGAUAGAUGAGGGGUACUUGUUAGGGGACAGUGGGUAUCCAUGCCGCCCCUUCCUCAUGACACCCUAUCCUAACCCAGCCAACCAGCAUCAGGAAGACUUCAAUGAAGCCCAUUCAAAAACAAGGGUUAAAAUUGAACAAUGCUUUGGCCUAUUCAAGAGGCGGUUCCACCUUAUGCACGGUGAGGUCAGAAUGAAGCCCGAGAAAGUCAGCCAGUUAAUAGGGGCUUGUGCUGUAUUGCAUAAUAUUGCAAUCUUGAGAAAUGACAUAUAUGAUGGCCCAGCAGCUGGACCUGAUGAUGAGCCAGAUCUGAAUGUGUAUCAGGGCCCUGAGGAUGGAAAGAUCAUUAGAGACUUUAUUUCAAACUCCUAUUUUUAAUAUAUGUUGCUUUUGUAUUUGUCCUACCCCAGUAUCAUCACAACACUGGACCCAAAAGCUACAAUAAAAAACUUUCAGGCAGUCAAUGGACAGUGAAAUCCAACAAAGGUAUUCUCACAUGCUGCUAUUAAUUGUUUUCUGCUGUCUUCAUUGCGUUGUUGAUUGGUUGA